CCAUGGUAUACCAGACAGACGUAGAGCCUGCCGGAAGGGGCAGUAGGCUAGAUUACUCGUACCGCUGUCGCAAACACGUAUGCAGGUUCAGUCUCCACGUGAACAGAUGGGAGUGAAGAGCUCAAGACUCAGUCGGGUAAAAUGAUCAACCAGGAAGGCUAUGCAAAUAUGUAUUUCGUCAGUACAUUCUGUUUUGGAUAUAAAAUUCUGUUAAACGAUUAUUGUUAGAUCCACUGAAUGGACUUGGUAGUGGUUCUGAGAAAGUACCCACUGGAAAACUGCUAGUCACUUGUUACACAAUUGUGUUUUAUAAUAUUGUGAUAUCUUGUUAAUUUUAGCGAUUUUAAUUCUUCAGUGCAGUGCAGAACGCUGAUAUUAGGAAAGAACAAUGUCUGUUUUAAUUCCCAAUAUACAACAUGGUUCAUCAGAUACAGAAGGGAAGAUUCUAUCUAACCAAAAUAGUGAUGCAUCUGGAAGAUAUGAGAUUUUCCAAUGUAUAAAUCAGAUGCUAGACAAUACCCUGGACUUACCUUCUUAUGCUGAGCCUAACUUUAGAAAUGAUAACCAAGGUUCAGAUAAUUUUAAUUUCUUAAAUUGCAGAUUCUUCCUCCAUGGUUGAACUCUUGGGUUUGAAUGAGAGGAAUACCUGUACAGGUUUCCAAAGCAAAAGCUUCUUAGCCAACCCUCAGUCUAGUGGUUUUAAUAUUGGAUUUCUCCAGAAUUCUCUCCAUGUUCAGAGCUUGGCAGCUUUAAUCUCUGGAUCAUCUCCAUCUUACAAUAAUGAACGUGUAUCCCAAACCUGUACUCAACCUGUGAGAACACUAAAUUAUGGUAACACUGGGUAUCCUGAUGUGGGUAGCUCACUGAACCAGAUGCUUCAGCAAAGUUGUACCUUGAGUUCAUCAGUCAAUAUGGAUUUACCACAGUCUAUCAGAGCAGCAAUACCCCCAUCUCUACAUUAUGUUGGUGAUCACGGAAGUCCAACACUGGAACAAGCUAUCUUGAUGGGCUGUGAUAGUUAUAGAGAAACCAGAAGCUCUUCACCAACUGACUCUGACACUAGUGGAAUUAGCAGUGUUUCAGAUCUAAGCAAUCUUUCUGAUCUUAUGAGUAGUCUCAGUCUUGGAGCUCCAAUUAGCAAUUCAAACUCACUGGGGGCAGUUGGCUACCAAAAUACUACCAGCAACAUACUAGUAAAUAAAUUUGAAGAGCCUCCUCUUCUCUCUUCACCUUUCUUCUCUGAUCGCGUAUGGGCAAAUGUGAAUUCUCUCUCUAGCUCUAGGGAAGUGGAUACAGUUGAACAUGCAGCUAAAAUGUAUAGAAACUCUGCAUUGUUUAGUCAAGCUACCUGCACAUGGAGUGGUCAGCUUCCUCCACGAAUCUACAAAAAUCCUGUUUAUUCUUGUAAAGUAUUUUUGGGUGGUGUACCAUGGGAUAUUACAGAAGCUGGACUUGCUGAAGCUUUUGCACCUUUUGGAUCCAUCAAAAUUCAGUGGCCUGGCAAAGAUAACAAAAAUCAAAUGUAUCCACCAAAAGCUGGUUAUGUAUACAUAAUUUUCGACUCUGAAAAAUGUGUCAAGUUGCUUCUGCAAGCUUGCACCCAUGACUUCAAUAAUGGUGGGAACUGGUACUUUAAGAUUUCAUCCCGUAGAAUGAGAUGCAAAGAGGUUCAAGUCAUCCCUUGGGUGAUUGGUGAUAGUAACUAUGUGCGGUGUCCAUCACAGCGACUGGAUCCCAGUAGAACAAUUUUUGUAGGUGCUCUACAUGGAAUGUUAAAUGCUGAGGGUUUAGCACACAUUAUGAAUGAUCUUUUUGGUGGUGUUGUGUACGCUGGAAUUGACACUGAUAAGUACAAGUAUCCCAUAGGUUCUGGCAGGGUAACCUUUAACAACCAGAAAAGCUACAUGAAGGCUGUAUCUGCUGCUUUUAUAGAAGUUAAAACGUCAAGGUUUACCAAAAAGGUGCAAGUGGAUCCAUACUUAGAAGAUGCAAUCUGCUCUAGUUGUCAGCUACAGCAAGGACCAAUCUUUUGUCGAGACUUGUGUUGUUUCCGCUACUUCUGUCGAGCUUGCUGGCAGUGGCAACAUUCAGUUGACUCCAUGCGAAACCACAAACCAUUAAUGCGAAACAAUAAAUCUUGUCGUUAAUAUAAAAUAUAACAGGUGUGGCCAAAUGAAAUGUGCAUGACUUUGUUAAAUUUUAAGCCUCUAUUUUGCAACAAAGCAAUUAAUAUGUAGUCAAGUAGAUCCAGUUUGGUGGUUGAUUUACUUUAAAUGUUGGAAGCCUCUUUAGUUAAGUAUUUUAUUUUGGGCAUCUUUAAAUUAAUUCUAGCCUCUAAAGUUCUUACCAUAGAUCCAGUAUAACUCCUAUUACAUCUAGGACACUUGUACAAAUUAACAAGUUUAUAUUUCUGUAAUUUUGGAAUCUUAAUUUUAAAUUGAAAAUGAUCUUUAAUGUUACACACUUGUUUAAAAUAUAUUGUAACUGAUCUUUUGUAGAAACUGUAUAACAGUCAUUUUAAUUGUUUCUUAAAUUUAAGUUAUUGUAUACAUUCAUAAGUUAAUCUGUGCUCUUAAGGCAUUAUUUUAACCUUGUUUGUUUGUUUUCAAAACUGUCCAAAAUAGUGUAUUUAUUACUGCUUAAUGUUGUAAUAUAAUCAAAUAAAAAAACAAUGAUAAUUCAUUAUCUUGUAUUCCAAUUUUGAUACUGUUGGGUUUUGCUGGACAAAAAAAAAUUACCAUAUGUAUGUAUACAAUUGUUUAAAAUUAAGAAAUGUUAAAACUGUCAUGUUUUAUUCACCAUUUUAAAUUACAACAUAUUUUCAAACCAGGAUGUUACGAUUAAAAUUUAUAUUAAAUUUUAAAAAAUAUAAUAAAAUUACAGAAGUCUUAAAAUUGUUUACUUGUUUGGGCAUCUUAGAUGUAAUACUAAUUCUGCAUCUAUAAGAACUUUAGAGGUUUGAAUUAACCCUUUCAUUCUGUCUGGGACAUAUACUUCCCAGUUUAUUGGGAAAGAUGCAUCUCAGCCGCAGUGAUGGGUUAAGGAGCAUUCAUAUUUGAGAACACCUUUUUUUUAUGGUACGAAGUGUUCAAAUAUGUCCAACUUCUGAUGUUAAGAUAUUUUAUAUAUAGUUUAUCUCUUUUUAAAUAUGAAAUAUCUUUUUUUCAGAAAUAAUUUGCUGAACUUUGAUCCCAGUUAUGGCUUCCAAAAUUUUCAUAUUCUAAAGUUUUGUGGCUUAUCUAAUAUAUGGCUAGCUCUUGUGAUAAGUAAAUAUACAUGUAUCCAGUGAUGACGUGCUUGUGAAUGUAAGACAUUAGUCUUCAGAAAAUGUUUUUAAACUGGUCCAUUAUAACUAUUGCUAUUAUAUGAACCAUUAUGACUUUGUUUUUAACACCAGUAAGUGUAUCUUAGUGUAAGCCACCAUCUCCUUAAAGUUGCUACAUGGUUGGUGUUAAUUUUAAGACUACUCGCUUCCCUGUUGGUCGUUGUUAAUUGCUGCUUCCAGUUUUCAUAUGUGUAGAAGUUAAGCACCCUUAAUCAUUGAUUGUGUGAUUUAAAAAAGCAUUCAACUAUAAUGCUUUAAAAAUGUUAUGCUAUGUUAAAAAAAGUGAGUACUGUAAGUGUUAGCAGCUUUUAUAUAUGGGCACCUUUUAAAUCUUGUUAGUUCAGCAAUUCCCUUGGCUACUAAACUUUUGAUCAGUUUGUGCUGUUGAAGUUUUGUUUCACGUAAUAAGUGGAGUUUUUAAAUGAAAAUGAUGUUUACUGUGAAUUUUUAGCUCUCAUUAGAAUAGUUAAAAGUUAUAUAUACAUAUAUAAAUUGAUGUAGACCAAAGACUAAUGACUGUUGUGUACGUGUAGUACUUGGCAAAAAAAACAACAAACAAACUAGUAGUGGUUUUACCCUGAACUAGCUUUGGCCUUUUAUAGAAAACUGCAUAAGAAAUUAUCUAGGUCCUUAUUAGGAUCUCAUACCUCCUAUUUCCAAUCCAUUCAACUUGGGUUUCAUGAAAAGAUCUGGACUUGAUCCUCGAAACCUUAAUGGCAAGAGUUUACACGACAAUGACGAGGAAUGGCAAUGGACAAAUUUUCUAAACUUUUCUGUAGUCCUAACUUGUAAGAAUUUUAAAUUUUCUUUAUGCUUAUGAGGUUUGGGUUUCUUGUAUUGAAAAAGAAAAAUUGCCUUUAGUAAUUGCUUCUAGUGUGUUUGCAAUACGGGUAUUAAGUAGCAUUCCAUGUUUUUGCAAAUGUGAACCAAGGGUCUUUCAAUGAGCAAGUUAUUAUAACUUUAAGGACUACAGAAAUUGGAUAACAACUAUUUUGUAAUUGUUUAAGAUUAAAUUAAAGCAGUAUAUGGGCAGAUCAAAUCUUGUACAAAUAUUUUCUUUGUAUGCUUUUUCACCAUAUAAUUAUAUUGAGUGCAGAGCUAAAACUCGUUUACUAAACAGUAAGAAAUAACAAAAGGGAGAGUGGCACACAUAACUUACCACAGGUAACUAAUUACUGAUGUAUUAGUUUUGGUUACAGUUUUAGAUUUCCAUUUUCAAAAAAUUGAUAAAUCUGAUUUAUUUUAAUUGAAAAAAACAGUGUGGAAGAGGACUAAUAAAUUACUUUUAAGUACA